GAGCUCUACGAAAGGUGUGAAACCAAAAGAAGGACAUUAUUCAAGCUGGCCAGUGAGACGGAGGAUAACGACAGCAGUUUGGGGGAUAUUCUACAAGCCAGUGACAAUUUAUCCCGUGUGAUAAAUUCAUAUAAAAAAAUAAUAGAGGGCCAAGUGAUCAAUGGUGAAGUGGAUCUCCCUGUGAUGUCUGUAGUAGAAGGGAGUAACUCCACAAGUAAUCUCAACACCCUCAUUGACCUUGCUGGAUUGGAUGUCACCAGCACCCCACCAACUCCAAUGCCACCCACCACCCUGACUCCAGCCCCCACAGCAGCCCCAGCCCCAGCAGAAAUCCCCAUUCUCCCACCUCCUCCCCAGACGCUGGCACAGUUGCGGAGCAGUUCCUCCAGCCAAGUGGAAGCCGCACCCGCUCAGCAGAGCAGCGCAGCCAACUCCCUCUCCUUGCUGGAUGAGGAGCUUCUGUGCUUAGGCCUGAAUGACCCAGCCCCUGCAGCAGUGAAGGAGACCUCAGAAAACAACCAGUGGAGCAUAUUUGAGAAUGACCAGCUGGACCUGGAUUUCUUUAAUCCGAAGACGGUGACUGUUGCUUGCAACCCUGCAGGGAACCCUCUUCUCCCUCAUACAUCACAGACCACAGGUGGAACAUCAGUGACACUGCCCUCUGCUUUCACAGCCUCUCAGACUGCUCCCAGCAUCCCAGCACCAAACUCAGCACCAUUUGUAUUCUCUGCUGGACCACCUGUCCCUGCAGGGCCUCCUAAGACUAUUCCAGCCGCUCCUGGGUAUUUCAACUCAUCUGUGGGGAGCAAUAUGUCACAUAAGAUGGAUGCAUUGGGACAACUCCUUGAAGAAGCCAAAGGGACUGCCACCCAAGGCAUGGCAACACCCUCUGUCUUCCCUGGGGUUACUUUACCAACCACUGUCACCUCUGCCCCGUUAAUAGCACCUGCAGGGCUGCCAGCCACUGCCCCUGGAGCUCCUCCAGUUCCUUUUCCAAGCAGCUCCACUGCUGGCUCAGGAAGUCCUCUCUUCCAGCCAGCACCGUUCCAGCAGCAAGGCAGUCCCAUGAAAGCACCUGAAAUUUCUUUGGCCAACGUCCAUGUUCCCUUGGAAUCCAUUAAACCCAGCAGUGCCCUCCCGGUGACAGCCUAUGACAAGAACGGCUUCCGCAUCCUCUUGCACUUUGCCAGGGAGUGCCCGCCGGGCAGGUCGGACGUGCUGGUCGUGGUAGUCUCCAUGCUGAACACGGCACCGCUUCCUGUGAAGAACAUCGUGCUGCAGGCUGCUGUGCCCAAGUCCAUGAAAGUGAAGUUACAACCACCCUCUGGCACUGAGCUGUCUCCAUUCAAUCCCAUCCAGCCGCCUGCUGCCAUCACCCAGGUCAUGCUCCUGGCAAACCCUAUGAAGGAGAAAGUGAGGCUGAGAUACAGACUGACCUUCACACUAGGAGACCAGCCCAGCACAGAGGUUGGCGAAGUGGAUCAAUUUCCCCCGGUAGAGCAGUGGGGGAAUCUAUGACCUUAGGACACUGCCAGAGACUCUGUGACAGGACCAGGAAAGGAUCCCACAGGACUGGAAUGAAUGUGACGUGGGGAGGGACACACAUGCUAUCCACUGGUGAUGUUCAGCUUUGUUUACAUGUCCUGACCACUCCGCUUGUAGCUUUAGUCCAGAAUGUUUUGCCCCACAUUGAAGGGGCCCUGGGACGUUUAUGCCAAGCAUGAACUGAGCAGCAGCCAGGAACAAGUAGUGCUGGCUGCUUUUAUCUUGACCUCUGGGUGAAUCUGGUUCUAUCUUCCACUCUAUUAAACUUGAAGUUAUUGUAUUUUGAGGGGAGACCUGUCAGCAGAAGGGGAUUUAGUUGGCUUGUUCCUGUCCUGCUGUCUGGAGAUACCUACAGGCUGGUGGGGUGAUGAUGCCACCAUGAGCUUCCUCAGUGCAGAGCCCUUACACAUGCCCUUCCCUCAGACUUUGACCUCCUCAGUGCCAGACCAGACCUGCUAAGCAUGUUGAGCAAUAAUGCUGGCUCCGUGAGGGA